AUGGCCAAACCGAAGACAAUGAUCAAGCAGAGCAAGAAGAAAAGCAAGGAGCAAGUUCUUGAAGACGCAGACGACUACCUCGCCGUAGGCGUCGACCACGAAGAUGCAGCAGGCAAGUGGCGAGCCGGGGACGCAUCAAAGUCGUUACGAUUCUUCAAUCGUGCCAUCGAAGUCUACACUCAAGGUCUCGCUAGGUAUCCUAAAAGUCUUGAUCUCUCCUACAACAAGGCUCGAGUCGAGCUCGAGAUUGCAACACAUCCCGCAAUGAUCAGAGCACUAGAUGUCCCAGUGCGUGCGGUGCUCGAGCAGGCUCUCGAAUCACAUCGCUAUGCUCUGCAAUUAGACCCGGAGAAUCCUGAGACCUUGUUCAAUACAGCCCAAGUCUUGACUACCGUCGCUGAAGAGCUCGCCAAGGAUGAGGCGCGUACUGAUGUGGCGCUGAAAAUGCUUGAAGAGGCGCUCGAGCUUCUUGCCAGAUGCUACAGUGUCCAAGAGUUUCGAUUUGAGGAAAGCGAGCAGCAGCGGCAAGCAAUGAACGAGACGCCGCAGGAACCAGAGUCGUCCUCCACACGAGAAUCAUCUCCCUCCGUGUCAGCAUCUGCAGCAGAGGAUCAGUGGUUCAGCGUCGUCGAGCCCAUCACGGCUGACACCCUGAUCGACACCGUUCUGGCGCAGCUUGCAACGCUCACAACACUCACAUCAGUACUAGGAGAUAUAAUACCACCUCCGUCAUCGCCGACGUUGCCGUGGAUCUCAGAAUACUCAACACCUCUCGUGCAGAAAGUCGACGUGCUGACCAAUACCCAAGACAGCACGACCACAGCCGACGACAGCCGUGCCGAAGAGAUCACCCUCACGAAGACGAACCUUACAACCGAACUCCUCGAUGCCUCCUUUCGUCACUCUCUCAUCGACCUCGCGACCUACAAAACCCGCCUCUCCGAACUCUUCACCCCACCACCAAUAUCUCACCCGCUCCUGAUAGCCCAAGCUGAAGCACUGCUGUCGGUUUCAUCCGCCCUGUCCUUGACAGACCCUCCGGGAUACCACGCCGACCAGUGGACCGCCCUGUCCACCGCAAUAAGUACGCUCGGCACCGCUGGCAACAUUCCACAAUCGACGCCUGCACAACAAGCUCUCACGCACUCCCUACGUGGCGACGCGUCCCUGUUGCAACACGCCCUGUCAUUCCCUCCAAACCCAUACUCCACUGCGGUGAAACACGCAGCGCAGUUGCUGGCUAACGCCGAGACCUUCUACCGAAAUGCUACACGCCUAUACCUUUCCCCACCUCCGUCCACCGCGCAGAACUCCCAGGCGGGUCUCUCAAUAGGCCUCACUUCCAGCGCACCCGACCCCGAAGCAGCUCUCCUCGCCCAACGCGCAGCCUUCCGCUGCACAGUCGCGCAGGUCCUGCAGGGCAAACCCGCGGACUUGGGAGCUGAUCUGGGAGGCAAGAUUGAUCUCGGCGGACAGAGUCGCGCGUGGGUCGCAGAGCAGAUGGAGGAAAUGGCCGAGGAAGAACUAGUUUCGGAAGGCUUCGCGGAGAAGCUCUUGGGACGCGCUUGA